GGCUCGACCAGGCCAAUCAUCUCGCUCAAUCUGCAAAGUAUUCCCCACCAAACCGCUCAUCCAGGAUCAUACAAAAAUCAGGUAACUUGGAAAGCCAACACAGUAAUUUAAGAAGCUUCUAUUUCUUAAUCCUGGAACAAUAGUCUAUGUGUAAUUGUGCUCAUGAAAAACAGGGGGAGGAUCCAGUGCCAAACCAAUUGUACCAAUAAAUUUCAUCCCUGCCCAUGAUGGGCCCCAUUUGCUAGAUUUUCCAAAAUCCAAAGCAGAUCCACAAAUCCAUCACUGGAUGGUAUAAUAUCUUGACUAUCCACCUAAGCAAGCAUCUGCUUCCAUUAACAAGCGUUUUAUUAAUUAAGAAAGAGAUUGAAGAACAGUUGGCAGACAAAGAGAAAGAGAGAGGAAGAUUUCUGAAGCCUUAUAAGAAGAACCAAUGUCAGCAUUAAAAGGCAAUGCAGAAACUAGAAGAAAAAUUGAUCCCCAAGUUAUCAUUCCAUUUUUUUUCCUUUAACUUUUUUUUUUUUUCAGAGAAGUAAUGCUGCUGACUUUCUGAACAAAGCCCGAUCGGCAUGGAAGCAGCAGCCGCAGCAGGGUGGAACUCUCAUCUGGGAAUGGAAGGAGAAAUGUUCGAUCAGUGGGAGGUGAUGGAGCAGCAAUUCACAGCGCAGCAAAUUGCAGAGCUGCAGCAAUCUCUAGCUCUCUCCUCGGAGCAACAACCACAGGCGGCAGCGGCAGCGGCAGCGGCGGCGGCGGCUCCCCUAAAGCCAAGGAAGUCUCUGAAGACCAGAAAUGCCUCCUCCCCGAGCUUCCUCUCCUUCGGCAGACCAGACGACCUGAUGAGCAUCGACGAGAGCUUCUAUGGCGGCCUUGCUCCCUCGGUGAGUCCGAAGAAAGAGAUGGACUUGGAGGCCAUGUUCGGGCAGCAGGCGUCGAAGUGCGGAGCGAGCAUGGCGGCGAAGAAGCCAAGCCACAGCAACAAGGAGCACAUCAUCGCCGAGAGGAAGCGGAGGGAGAAGCUCAACCAGAGAUUCAUCGCCCUGUCCGCCAUUGUUCCUGGCCUCAAGAAGAUGGACAAGACCUCCGUUCUCAGCGACGCCAUCAAGUACCUGAAGCAGCUCCAGGAGAAGGUGAAGUCCCUGGAGGAGCAAGCCGCGAGGAAGACCGUCGAGUCGGCGUUGGUCCGGGUCAAGAAGUCCCACCUGUGCGGCGACGACGACGACAGCCACUCCUCCUGCUCCUGCGACGACUACGACUCCGACUCCGAUUCCGACGGCCGGCCCUCCGGCGCCGAGUCCGCGCUGCCGGAGAUCGAGGCCAAGAUCUCCGACAGCACCAUCCUCGUCAAGAUCCACUGCGAGAAGCACAAGGGCGUGCUGGUGAAGGCGCUCUCGGAGAUCGAGAACAUCCACCUCUCCGUCAUCAACACCAGCGUCAUGCUCUUCACCACUUCUUCGCUCGACAUAACCGUCAUGGCUCAGCAGAUCGAGGAGGAGUUCGACAUGACCGCGAAGGAGGUUGUCAAGAAACUGAGCUCAGCAUUCAGACAGCCGCACUAAAGAAUUUAGCUCUCGUUGCAGAAAAUGGGAAAAAGGGCAGGUUAGUUACCACCAAUAAAAAGGUCAAAUCAUUCGAUUCCCAUGCCAUUUUCUUGCUGCGAUUCGAGCUCGUUCUCUUGUAGGGGGUGGUGUUUUAAGUUACUAUCCAAUAAGGCCCUUGAGGAUUGGAUGAUCUGAAUAUCUUUCUUUGUUCUUGCUCUUUAUGUGCUGUCAGAUCAUCUGAAUUUAUGAACAGAUUUUUAAAAAAUGUAAAUUUUUUUCACAGAAUUAGUGCUCACCCAAGUCUUCAUGCCAUGGUUUAGCAAUAACUCAAUCAUUGUGCUCACGGCUUUGGUUCAGCUUGAAGAGGCAACCGAAUGCCGAACAAAUACUAAAGAUGGAGUGUAAUUAUCUAGAACCUUUGUAGUCACCUCUUUUCGCUUUGCUUAACUCGAGUAAUCAAAGCUCAGUAAAAAUGUUGACAACUUGAUCAUGAGUCUUCACAUGUACUAGCUGCACAUUCUUAUUUUCGAUAUGCUCUCAAAUUGAAUGAAAGCGCACAACAAUAUGCUUGCUCCUGUGAUCAUUAAACGAGUUCUUUCCCAAAGCAAUCAUUAAUUUGCUAUGCAAAUUCUUAUAGCUACAACUUCGAGCAGUGUGGUUUAUUGCUUCUUAACCAUAUCGUAUGGUUAAGAUAAGUAGAUGUUAUAGUAAACUCGCUCCACAAGUUGGUAGGGCAGUAAUGAAUUGCUUUUUUGACCUCCAUGAACAAAUUGGUUGCCAAACCAACACCAUAAACAGUUUGAUCUUCUACAAGGUAAGUUCCUCAGACACCUGACCAAGCUUUUAUAAAGUGUAGAAUCUAUCACCUUGUCUUAAACUUGAAUAGUUUUCCUCCAUAAUCCAUUAGUUUAGCUUAUACUUCUCCAUCUUGAACUUCUUGAGAAAAUCAUUUACAAAGUUAUGCCUUCUUCAAGUUGCUUGACUUCUUAACCAAGAAAGUUGAAUAAAACCUUCAUAUUUGUCAUAUCCAAACUCCUUUUCCAUGCCUUACUUGAAUAAGAUCAUUCAACUUCUUCUCUCCUUUGGCUACAUAAGUUAUUAUUCUGUUCAAAAUUUGCUUUCAGACUAACACAAACUGCUUCCUUAGCGAAUGCAACAAUUCCAUAGUUGUCUUUUAUCUUGAAGAAGAAACUUAUUUUGCGAUAGGAUUACACAAAAACUUUUAGGCACAAAUCAUUUGAACAGGAACAGGCAUUGUAAUCUUAUGUUAUGGCAAUCCAUCUCUUGAAAGCCAAAGCUGCUUCCCUUCUUUUCAGCUGAGCUUCUGUCUGCACCUUUGGGGCCUUUCCCUUAUACAAAAUCUUAUGAUACUUCAACCAAAGAGACCUAUACUUGUACUUGUCUAUGAACAUCUGAUCGAGCUCCAUCAUCUCGAUGACUUCCAU